CCCCAUUCUCAGUUUUCAUCGCAUUGUACCUAUACCAAAAUACCCGCUACAAAGCCGUGGAUAAUUAUACUUGGUCUAAAAAGGUUUAUGACUACAAGAAAGCCUGGAGAUGGAGCAGAAUGCAAUAUUCGAUAUUAUCAUAUUGGCACGACAGAAAGACUGUUUUAAAUCGGAUACAACGACGUCAUAAAAGACGUCAAGGCUACUCUACAGUCUGAACCGAAUGAAGUAAGAAUCAUGGCAGGAGCUCGUGUACUUUCGAUAAUCUUGUAUGUCUUAUGCGUAUAUUGUAUCAUUUAUUUUGCUCAGCCAGAUGUCCAAUACCCGUCAUAUUGCCAAUAAAUACUUGACGGCUGGCUCAAACCGCCCACAUUCCUGGCAUCCCGACACCAAAUACAGCCUUGAACCGACUUUGUUUCCAGGCACCGGCUCCGCUACAAAGCCUCGAACUGCAGACAACACCAGUGUGGGAGCAAUAAUUCUGUCGGUGGUAUGGGGUACUGUCUGUUUAGAUUCUUGUAUAUCUUAUUUGUAUUGUAUGUUGUGUAGUUAUGGUUGUUUGGCUAGUUUCUUCCUCAAAGAUAAGGCAUCUAUAGACUUGUUUGUUUUGUUUGCAGAUCUCCUUGGCUGUCCUCAACUUCGCCAGUCGAUAGAUACUCUUCGUGCUUUUGUUCCCAAGUUAUUUAUUGCUUUUAUUUUAUUAAUCCUCUUGUAUUCUUACGGACCUAAAGCUACUGAAUCAAAAAUAUUCACUUCUGAAGUGUGAGAGAAGGUCUAUAGAUAGCGCAGUGAGUGUUAUGAGAAGUAUAUGCGUAGUAUUCACGGUACUAAUCGCUGAUGUCCUGUCCUCGGCCAUCAGCGAGGUUAAGACUUUAUGUCGCGGUCAUGUGAUGUGCGGGUGCUUAUUAACCGCAUGUGCGUGUUAUGUACAUGCAUAAGUCCGCUAUGCGGCUUUGUAUCCUAACAUGAAGAUCACGGCCGG